AUGGAGAGACUACCAGAUACCGAUGGAGGUGUCUUCAUCCUUCAGUUGCAAGAUGAGUUUCUCGUUGACUUCUUCCUUCAUCUCAUCACAAAACUCGCUUCUCAAGUUUCGUACAUGACCGCCAUUGGUAAUCACGAAAGGGAUUAUGCAGAGGCUGAAUCUUUGUAUGUGACCCCAGAUUCAGGUGGUGAAUGUGGAGUCGCAUACGAGUCCUACUUCCCCAUUCCUGCUGUCAGUAAGGAUAAGCCAUGGUAUUCAAUCGAGCAUGGGAGCGUUCACUUCAUUGUGAUGUCAACCGAGCAUGAGUGGUCGGAGAAGUCGGAGCAGUACAAUUGGAUGAAUGAAGAUUUGUCAUUGGUCGAUAGAUCGAGGACACCAUGGGUAAUCUUCAUUGGGCAUAGACCGAUUUAUUCAUCUCAUGUCGGCGUACCCCUCAAACCAUUCUUGCUCAAAUACCACGUGGAUUUGGUUUUCUUCGGCCAUGUACACAACUACGAGAGGACUUGUGCGGUAUACCAGGGCAAAUGCAAAGGAAUGCCAAAGAAGGAUGCAAGUGGAAUCGAUACUUAUGACAACAGCAACUAUACCGCGCCAGUUCAUGCCAUUGUUGGAGCAGGAGGGUUCAGCUUGGACAACUUCCCUAAGAUUGUAUGGGCGAAGUGGAGGUUAUCGAGGGUUUCAGAGUUCGGGUAUGCCAGGGUGCAUGCCACGAGAGCUGAUAUGCUGGUUCAGGUCAGUUUUGUCACGAUGGAGGUUCACGACCAGUUUAGAAUUGUGAAGCGAGCUCCGGCACGGAAGCUACGGAACUUGACAAUUCCACGGUAG